AGGGUUUAGAAAUUAGAGAGAAAGGUAUGGACGAGAGAGGUGAUGCUGAUAAACUGGACGAAAUCUUGCUUCCAGGGUUUCGAUUCCAUCCAACUGACGAGGAGCUUGUUGGAUUUUAUCUGAAGAGAAAGAUUCAGCAGCGGCCUCUCUCUAUCGAGCUCAUCAAGCAGCUGGAUAUCUAUAAAUUUGAUCCAUGGGAUCUUCCAAAGUUGGCCCCUACUGGGGAAAAAGAGUGGUAUUUCUACUGCCCUAGGGACAGGAAAUACAGAAACAGUGCGCGUCCUAACCGGGUAACUGGAGCUGGGUUUUGGAAAGCCACUGGAACUGACCGGCCUAUUUACUCAUCUGAAAGUUCCAAGUGCAUUGGCUUGAAGAAAUCCCUCGUUUUCUACAAAGGUAGAGCUGCAAAAGGGGUCAAAACUGACUGGAUGAUGCAUGAGUUUCGGUUACCUUCACUCACCGACUCAGCACCACCAAAGAGAUUCGUGGACAAAAGCAUUCCUGCCAAUGACUCGUGGGCAAUAUGCAGGAUAUUCAAGAAAACCAAUUCCACAACCCAGAGAGCUUUCUCACACUCUUGGGUCUCUCCAGGAGUACUACCAGAAAGUAAUAUCACUCAUCAUGAUAUGCUACCCAAAUGUCCACAUUACACUCAGUUUGGCUCGGAGAACAUGUCAUUAGCAUCAAAAACCAGCUGUACUCCCGCCAUUCAGUUCUCUUUUAACAAUGAUAUCACUGCAUUUUCUCCCUUAGACUUUGCAUCCUACAGAUCCUUAAAUCAAAUGGCCGUAGAUAAAGUACCUCCUCAACUACCCAAUAUCUCAACCGAAGAACACCACUCUAGCUUCUUCUUCUCACCUCUAGAAACUUCAGUACCCGCAAAAUGCACCACUGUUGACAUCUCUUCCAUGCUGCUAAACAUGCCGUCGUCAAUGCUCGGAGAUUUUGGAACCAAGUCCUUUCAGAGUACUGUAGACUAUGGUUCUGGCCCAAAAGAACCUUGCAAUGGCUUGAUCUCUAUCAAUUUACUCCAAGACAUGCAAAGGAACGUUGAUGGCGGAGGUGAGCAGGCCCACGCGCUGAUGAAAAACCCUCUUACCGAUGACCAGUUGGAUAGCGUCCAUUCCAUCGGAUUUCCAUUCAGUUUGCCUUUGAAUAACGAUGCUUGGAAGCUGGAUUUGGCGUGGGAUUCUUCACCAUGUCCUAGUGAAAUGUCAACAAGUUUCUCUACAACCAAGAGCUAUGCUUGAAUCAAGAACUAGCUAGAUCGAUUAACACUAGUACUACUCAAAGUCAUUGUUUUCUAGCUUUUAGACGUUAACCCAGUUGGUACUGUUCAUUUUGUAUAUUAAUAUUUUUGUAGGCAUUUUGGAAUGUUUAACGAUUGAAA